ACAAUGUCCUUGCAAAGGUUGUAAUCUCAAAUUAGUUGUAUCUACGCAAUACAAAGUCAGACGAAGAAUAAUUCGAUCCCCCAAACGUUCAAGUCAAGCCGAACCUCCCUCAACCUCUGAUACGUCGUCUGUUGCGAUGAACGUAAGCCCAGAUAUAACAGCAACUCGAGCAAAACUGAACAGAGAGGAAACAGGGGAUAUGUUACACGUAGGCUCGUGGUCAAAAGACCGCCAUAAACGACCAAUUGCGCCGGUGGAGAAGCCUCCCGAUCAAUGUCAAACCCCGUUUGACCGAUUGCGUGUCUCAGUAAUACACGAGCCGGGUUUGCAGGAGUCUAGAGGCCCUGUCGAGCAUCUGAGUAAAGAUAAGAAUAAUCUUUGGAUUUGCUAUGAAUGUAAGAAGUCUUUCCAGCGUAUCUCCGUUCUAGAAGUCUCCGAAAGGGUGCUGGCGCUGUCGAUUCGUGUGAAUCCAGCGCGCGAAGAUCACUCGGAGAAAAUCUGGUCUUGGUUCGCCGUUCCACGCACAUCGUUUGCCAGCAUGUUUCAACACAAAGACAAGAGUCGAGGCGAUGCAGGUUUAGACAGCGCCCCCAGUGGGAACUAG